GGUCGCAGGUUAACGACGCUGAAUCGGGGCCCUGGAUUGAGGUGAAGCCGCUUCGGCUGUGGGAAGGAGAGUGGCGGCUGCAGAUCAGUGCCAUGUCUCUGAUGUUCUCCCGCUCACACCCAGUUGUCAUUGGUAAAAAAGACAAGCGUCUGAUGGCCGAGGUUAAUGCUUCACCGCUCAAACACUUUGUCACUGCUAAAAAGAAGAUCAAUGGAAUCUUUGAACAGCUUGCAGCUUACAUCAAGGAAAGUGCUGCAUUUCUCAAAGAAACUUACCAGGAUGGAGAACUGGAUCCAAUCACCACAGAAGAGCAAGUGCUGGAGGUGACUGGUUAUCUUUCAAAGGUCGGCGGGAUCAGUGAGGUGUUAGCAAGGCGACAUAUGAAGGUGGCUUUUUUUGGCAGGACGAGCAAUGGGAAGAGCACAGUGAUCAACGCCAUGCUGUGGGACAAAGUCCUUCCUUCGGGAAUCGGCCACACUACCAACUGCUUCCUGCGAGUGGAAGGAUCAGAUGGUAAUGAAGCCUAUCUGCUCACAGAUGGAUCUGAGGAGAAACGGAAUAUCAAGACUGUGAAUCACUUGGCUCACGCACUGCACCAGGAUGAGCAACUCACCGCCGGCAGCCUUGUUUCUGUCAUGUGGCCCAAGAUGAAGUGUGCCUUAUUGCGAGAUGACCUGGUGCUGAUGGACAGUCCUGGAAUUGAUGUAACCACCGAGCUAGACAGCUGGAUUGAUAAGUUCUGUCUGGAUGCUGAUGUGUUUGUGUUGGUUGCAAACUCUGAGUCAACGUUAAUGCAGACGGAAAAGCAAUUUUUUCACAAAGUGAACGAGCGGUUGUCACAACCCAAUAUUUUUAUCCUCAAUAACCGCUGGGAUGCAUCUGCAUCAGAACCUGAAUAUAUGGAAGAGGUGCGACGCCAGCAUAUGGAUCGCUGCACCAGUUUCUUGGUGGAUGAGCUAGGAGUGGUAGACCGGGCUCAGGCCACUGAUCGCAUUUUCUUUGUAUCAGCCAAGGAAGUCUUGAAUGCUCGGAUCCAGAAAGCUCAAGGGAUGCCUGAAGGAGGUGGAGCACUUGCUGAGGGAUUCCAAGCAAGAAUGUUUGAAUUCCAGAACUUUGAGCGGCGGUUUGAGGAAUGUAUUUCGCAGUCAGCAGUGAAAACCAAGUUUGAGCAACACACCGUCCGCGCCAAGCAGAUCUCGGAGGCCCUGCGGCAAAUUAUGGAUUCUGUCCACGUCUCUGCCACUGAGCAAAGGGUGCAUUGCCUGGAUCAGAGAGAGGAGCGAAUGGAUCGAUUGGAGUUUAUUGAAAAUCAGCUGGAUUUAUUAACUCAGGAUUGUAAAAGCAAAAUAAAACAAAUUACCGAAGAGGUGGAGCGACAGGUCUCUAAUGCAAUGGCAGAAGAGAUACGACACCUUUCCAUGUUGGUGGAUGAUUUCCACUUGGAUUUUCACCCCUCCUCAGUGGUGCUCAAAGUCUACAAGAGUGAGCUUCAUAAGCACCUCGAGGAAGGUCUGGGACGCAACAUGUCUGAGCGUUGCUCUGUUGCCAUUACAUCCAGCCUCCAAAAAACCCAGCAAGAGAUGAUUGACAGCCUCCAGCCCCUGCUGCCACCUACAGAGAGAGGCCAUGUCGAUCUUCCAGUCCCUCGUCAGCGCUUCAGCCUCAGCUACGACCUGAACUGUGAUCGCCUCUGUGCAGACUUUCAGGAAGAUAUUGAAUUUCACUUCUCCCUUGGAUGGACGAUGCUUGUUAACCGUUUCCUUGGACCAAAGAAUGGCCGCAGGGCACUGGUCGGAUGCAACGAUCAGGUUCCAAGGCAACUGCCUAUUACCCCAGUCAGCACGAGCUUGCCACCUUUACCUCAAGGGUCAAUGACCCAAGAAGAACUUAUGGUAUCUAUGGUAACCGGAUUAGCAUCUUUAACCUCGCGGACAUCAAUGGGAAUAAUCGUUGUUGGUGGGCUGGUGUGGAAAGCAGUGGGCUGGCGGCUGAUUGCAUUGAGUGUCGGAAUGUACGGUCUUCUCUAUGUGUAUGAGCGACUGACUUGGACAACCAGAGCGAAGGAACGAGCCUUCAAGCGUCAGUUUGUGGACUAUGCUGCUGAGAAAUUGCAGCUCAUAGUCAGUUAUACUGGUUCCAACUGCAGUCAUCAGGUGCAACAAGAACUGGCAGGGACAUUUGCCCAGUUGUGUCAGCAGGUGGAUGUAACACGGCAGAACCUGGAUGAGGAGAUUAAAGAACUGAAUAAGAAGAUUGAAUUACUGGACUCACUGCAGAGUAAAGCCAAACUGCUCAGAAACAAAGCUGGCUGGCUGGACAGUGAGCUGAACAUGUUUACUCACCAAUACCUACAGCAGAACAGAUGAACUAGACUGCCAGAUGCAAGAUCACAAGAUGUCUUCAUUUAUGGAGAAGACAGUCUAGCUGCUGCGACAGAGGAGGAUGGUGGGGAAGUGUGGUGAGGACAUCACUGGGAUCUUAAUUUCUUGCUCAGAAUAAUUUAUAAACAUGUUUGGAAUUAAUUUAAAGAUGCCGGGGCAGAAUUAUCAACAGUGACUUGCUAACCCAGUGCUUAUGAUUUUCCAAUGAGGAGUCUCUUGAUCCAGAUUGUUACCCUAGUAUGAACCCUGUACAACCUGGAGUAGGAAUGCAUUUGGAUUUUGACCCUCUGAACACUACCUUCUCUCCUCUCCAGUUUGCCCAGGUAAUCUAAUCAUGUUGUACAGAUCUAUCACCAUCGUAGGAAUGUUGAUUGAAUCUGGUCAUGGUAAUCUGUGGAAUUCUUGCUUUAUCUUGGUGUGUAUCUUUACCAAGGAAUAAAAGCUGAGAAUUUUGUUCUUACAACACUGAGAGACACACUAAAUUUCCAGCUAUGUGGGUUUCAGGGAAAGAUCAGGAAGGAUUUGAUCUUUGCUCCACUGUAUGUGCCAUCUGCCAAAUGCAUUAUAGUGAUGGUAGUGUUAAUACUCCAAAUUUCUCAACUAAGUCCUAAACUGUAACUUUUAAAGUUACCCAUUGUCUCAGAUCUGGUGUUCUGUUCAUUGCUGAUUGGUUUCUUAUAACAAGCAGUUAGAAACAUUUUGAUUUGAGCAGAGAUUGACAUUAUGUUCAACUGAAUGUAGUCCUGGCACGUGCUGAUGUUUCCUGUGCCUCAGUCAGUUACACAAAUUAGCCAGCUAGUAGCAAAAAUAAGAAUAAAUUCAAUUGCGAAUGGACUGGGUAAUCUGGAAGUAGAAGAAUAAUGCUGUAUGUGAAAAGAAUGUUUGUGAUAUGGUUUUAGAUGUGGACAUUGAAGGGGUCAAGUGAGACCACCAGUACAGUUACUAUAAUUCUAAUAUAGUGCUAAUUAUUUUGGAGUUUCGGAAAUUGAAGGCAAACAGUGUUCUUGCCCUCUUCCCUGUCUGUUUUCCCUAGUCCCUUUUGUUCCCUUUUCCAUUCAUCCCACUAUACCUGGUGCUAGAGAGUAUCUGUCAGGGAAUGGUAAGUGAGAGCCAAUGAAAGGUAAAUAUUGGAUUUACUUUAUAAAAGGUUGCCUUUUUUUUCCUAUCAGUGUAAAUGGAAAGAGCAUGCACUGCUAUUGUGUGGAUUUAUCAUUAUGUAGUUAGGUGUUUGGUUUGAAGUUGGUUACAGCUUUGCACACAGUGUGUAUGAGGCAUCAUCUCCACUGCCCUAAGGUUAUAAGAUUCAGAGAGCUCUGGAGUUCUGCUAUGUUGCCAUAGUGGUUCUCCAGGCUUGUCCCAAGAAGGAAACAAUUUACCAUGAACACUUGGGUUUUGUGUUUUAGCUGGUUUCUGUUGCUGUAUGGUGGCAGAAUGGCAGUGAGAUGAUAUAUUUGCAUUGUGAAUAGUGUUUUUAACUCUGUCCCAGGAACCUAGUUCUGGAUCUGCCUCCUCACCUACGAUGCGUUUAAGGUUAUAGUUUUUGUGUUUAAACACUACCAUGGUUGAAAUUUAUAUUUACAAUUUUAAGCAUUCACACCUUUACUUCAAAAACUACAGAAUAUUGUGGAGAAAAGGCUAGCUAAUGUUCCUGAGACAUUAUCCUGCUUAGUGUUUUUUUUAAAACUGAAAUCAAUUUUCUAUCCAGUUUUGUUCAUUAGAAUUGAGUGAGUGUUCUGGGAGGAAUAGGAUUCUGCUUCAUUUGGGUUUGAGUCAUCGCUUCAAAUAGCAGACAAUAAUGAACAUUAAUGAAUCCAAAUUCUUGCUAUAACAAGAUUGCAGGAUAGGUCUAGGUCUCUUUCCAUGAUAAAAUUUCUGAUUAGAGAUAAUUAAUUUGAAACAUUAGUUCUUUCUCUCCCCUUAGGUGCACUCUUGUUCUGAGAAUUUUCAAUAUUUUUUGUUUUCAUUUCAGAUAUCCAGCAUCUGCAGUAUUUUAUUUGUUCUAAAUCUCUACUUUUGACAGUACCUAUUCUGUUGGAUUUUGAACAAAUGUUUUCGGUCAAAAUGCACUUUAAGUUUUUGCUGCUCAAGAUAUACCCUUAAAGUUAAAAUUUAUGUAAAGACUUCUCUGUGUAAUGUACCAUUGCUUUUGCUGUCUCAUAAUCAGAAACAGGCUUGUUUAAAAUAAAUUUGAUUUGGAAAAUA